UAAGAUCCCAUGAGACUUCAAUACUGCCCAAACAAUCAGACAUCAUGGUAGUAGACAAGAACCAGAAGACAGCAGUGAUGAUAAAUGUAAUGAUGCCAAGCAAUAUCAGGAAGAAGCAGUAUGAGAUGCUAGAGAAGUACCAGGGUCUGAAGGAGAUACUAUAAAGGAUGUGGAAAGUAAAAGCCAAAGUGGUCCUGGUGGUGAUAGGAUUCAUCUCCUACACUGGGAGACUUGGCUCCAACAGAUCCCAGGAAGAACAUCUGAGUGCAAUAUUAGGAACAGGUCCAGAUGGCACAGGUAAUUACCAACCAAAGGAACUGGAUUAUUGCCAUUACAUAGGAUCAAAAUCUUCACCCGUGGAGGGCAGUAGUGAUGCCAAGUAUUUGUGGAGACAUGCACCAAGUAAUCCUCCUCCAUGGAUGCACAAGAAUUGGUUUGUAGGAGAAAUUGGCUGGAGAACAAAAGAGUUUGGCUCACUUAACCAAACUGGUCUUCUCCAGGGCAAGAAGAUAAUGCCUAAGCUAAAUCUCCCAGCUGAAGAAUAUGAAAUAAUUAACGAAUACAAAAAUCCCAGGAAAUUGACAUUUAAUCCCCAGUACUGAGAGUUUGAAAGUUUAUCCAAUGGAUAUAGAUGUGAAGCUGAUUCUAUGGAUUGUAAUAAACAAAGAAGCACUCUUUCUGCCCAAAGGACAAUCAAGAUGGCCAACAGUUAUUUAUAUUAACAUUGGAAGUGUUAAUUAGAAAUAUUAGACAGGAUCCAGAAAUUAUAGGAAUAGAAAUAAAAAAAGAAGAGUAUAAAUUAUAA